AUUGUAUGAAGUGAAUUGAUCAAGUUUAUGAGUCUGCAUAAAGGAUGGGGUUAGGCUAUUCAAAGUGAGGAUUUUCCUCAGCAUGUCUGAACACUCCCACCCUUUUGCCAGGUAUGUAGAGUUGCACUGGGCUUACCAAAAGACAAAAAGCCAUUUAUUCAUAUUGAAGAAUAGGCUGGUUACUCUCCCUAUUUCCAGCCAUCCCAGCUUUCCUCACUGACUCCUGAUCCCUUGUGCCCAGCAUCUCCUAGCAUUAAUUCUCUGGCUGGUAAUGUGGCCUCCUUUCCACAGUGAAGCCUGUUUCAGGGGAAAGGCCCUUUAUCACCUCCUCUGAGACUUCCCUAUCCCCUGUGAAAGGAAUCAUCAUCACCCCCCAGAAGUCAAUAAAGGGCAGGAAUCAGGAUUGCAGCCCCAGGCGUGGGUUUAUAGCAUGUCUUGUUCCUUAUUGUGAGACUUUUAGCAAGAUUCUUAAGCCUCAAUUCCUCCUGGCAACUCCAUUACUCCCUAUAGAACUUAGGUACAGGUGCUCUGAUCUGGAAGACCUUGUAAUUUCCAGGAUGAACACACCACAAUUACUGUACUGUGUUAGUUUCCACAGCAGGCAGCAUACCCAGACUUUUUUGUUUAAUUUGAGACAGGGUCUUAUACUGUAGUUUAGGAUGGCCUUGAGCUUACUAUGUAGGCAGUGAUUUUCCUGCCUGUUUCUUUUUAUUUGUACCAGCGAUCUAACUUGCCUCUGUUUCUAGAGUGCUGAGGUUGUAGGGAUGCACUAUCAUACCCAGCAACCCAAUUUAUGUCAUCACCUGGUCUGACUGGUUUAUUGCCACUGUGUCUCCUGUCUCAAUGUCCUGCAUUCCCUAUAUCCCACAUCACAGGAAGCAAGGCCACUGUUCAUCUCUGUCCUGGCCAGGUACAAUGGGAACUCAUAGUCUUCGACUCAGUCUACCCAUUUUGGGGCUAGUCUAUGGCCUGGGGGUGUCCCAUGGAUUACCAUCAGUGUACAAGGGCCACAGGCAAGAAGGUGCUCUGGAUAGAACUGUUAUUAUGAGAGCGUAUUUGUGAGUAGGACCCAAGUGGGAUUCAGUCCAAGUUAGGGUUUCCUCCACCAAAGCUGGAGGUGGUGGCAGAACUCCCUGGCAUCUUGGGUGUCAUCACCACAUCUAAAGCCAAUCAGCUCUGAUGUGGCUGGCCCAGAUGCGAGAGCCAAGGCUGCAAUAAGUGCUCCCACCCCCCACUUCAUGGUUGCCACCCAGUUGGUCAUUGACCUGAGUGUGCUGGAGCUAUUGCCCCCUUACCCCAGCCUGCCCCACUGGGUUCUGUACAAAGUACGUAGCCACUGGUGGUGUGGGGUACUCCUGGCCAUGCAUCCUGCCUUUCUGAGCUGUAGCCUUAUUAGCUAGUGCUGUACCUCACUGUGUACGGACCCUGCCUGAACCACACCCCAAGGCUGGUGGCCUGUAGCCCUUGAGGGUAUGGCUCCUGGAGCCUUGAGCUGGCAGGCUCUUGGAGCAGAGGACCCCCAGAGCUGGGGCACAGGUUCCCAUCCUCCCAUGAGAGGGAGAACUAUGGGAGCACCUUUCCUAAACCAUGGCUUUCCAAGAAGGUUCCCACAGAGGGAGUUAUGGGCCUGUUUCCUGGGCUGCCAGCUCAUAUCCUCUCUCCACCCAGAACUGCCUUUUACCAUUUGUCUUGGCGUGCAGAGCUAGUUGCAUUGCAAAGUAGGCUGAGAGCUAGAUGGGUGGGAGCCUCUGCACAUAGGAGCUUCCAAGCACUAGUCCUUACCUGGCAGCAUAACUUGGGUCUACACGACCACUGUUCACUGAGGCAAGUAUUGUUCACCUUCUGGGUAUGUCUCCUUGAGACAUAAUAGGCACACAAUAAAUGUGUGUAUAAAAACUAGGCGCUAACCUGUAAUCCAAGAACUCACAGGCUAAGGCAAGAGGAUCACCUCAAAUUUAAGGCCAGCUAGGGCUACAUAGUGAGUUCAAAGCUAGUCUGAUUUAUAUAGUGAGACCCUGUCUUUUUUUUUUUUUUGUCUUUUUUUCCUUUUUAUCGGUAUGAGGAUUGAACUCACAACUGCCUGCUUGCAUGGCAGGCGUGUAUGCCGCUGAGCUAAAUCCCCAGCCCCUGAGAUCCUGUCUUUAAAAAGAGAGGAAAAAAAAAAACUUUGUACAAAAAGAGAACAAGUUGUGGUUUAUAACAGUCUGGAGGGGACAAUAAACCCUGGCUUGGGCCUGGAGUUACAUGAUCAGUCAAUAUCCCCUGUGGCUUGGAACUGUCAAGCCCUCCAUCUUUUAUAAGAUUUCCCUGCUGCUUGUAUGCCUAAGGCAGUAGCUAUCUCUCUUGAGUUAGUAGGGUGGUAGCACUGUCCUGAAGAGUUGCAAGUGAGGGGAAAAAGUGUGGCAGAGACAAAAAAGAUGGGCAGUGUAAGGGGCUGGGACAGGUAGCUGUAUCCACUGGGAGAAAUGGGUGUCAUCCAUAGACUACAGGGAGGGUCUUCCCAAGCUCCCAUCAAACUAUCUGAGAGAGCAACCCUGAGAACCCCAAACAGUAUGUGUAAAGGGUAAAUCCAUGGAGGGAAUCUACAUUCCCAAAGAGCUUGUUAACAGAGUGCUUCUGUGGGUCCCAGCCUCCUUCCCCAGCAGAGCUGAUCAUCACUGAGCCCAUCACUUACUUUACCCACACCAGAAGCUUCCAGAUGUUCUAUAAAUCCCAGCUCACAGGAAGAUUAGACUGGCUUCAGGAACUCUGGUAGUGGUUCCAAAAUCCAGGGAUAGGUCUGGGGAUUUAGGUCAGCGGCAUAAGCGCCUGCCUUGCAAGCAGGCAGUCAUGAGUUUGAACCCUGGUACCGAUAAAAAAAAAAAAUAAAAAAAAAAAAAAUCCAGGGACAGCCUGGCUUUCCUGGGAGACAUGGAGCUCCCUGUAACAGACUUGGGCCUUCCAAAUUAUAGCCCUUAGCCCCUAUGUGCCCACCAGUGAUUUGGGGUUAAGGGUCAAGAAGGACCUUGAAGAGGGUGAUUGGGAAGAUAUUGUUUCUGAAUAUGAGAGCAGAGCAUAAGCCUACAACAGCUUAUUGUUUGUAUUGUUUUGUUUAAGACAGGGUCUCUCACUAUAAUGAAGAUAGCAUUUAAACUCACUGUAUAUCCAAGACUGACAUUCAACUUGCAAUGAUCCUCCCACCUCAGCUUCCCAAGUGCUGGAAUUACAGGUGUGUGCCACUAUGCCCAGCAUACAACUGAUUAUUGUAAGGAAUACAUUUUCAUUCAACAGGAAGCUGAAAAGCAGUAAUGGCUACUAGACACAAAGAGAUUGGCUAGUAGUUCCUGUAGUCCUCCGGGCUCAUCACCAUCCCCAUCCUUGCAUGUAUAGAAUACUGUGGCUAGGGGAGUCAAUUGGUCCAGGAGACAAGCCUACUAGGCCCUCUUGCUCCCUCUGCCCCUUUGGCUUGCCUUGGGAGGCUCCAAUGUCCUCUUUCUCUCCUACUCCCAAAUAGCACACUUCUGCUGCUUUUCCUCUUUCUGUUGAUCUUUACAGCAUCUCUGUCCUGGUCCAGGUGGCAGCUCUACUUACAGGACCAUGCCCAUGUGGCCUCCUCCAUUAGCUAGCUGCAGAGCCCAACCUGGAGUCAGCUUUCCUUCCAAAAUUGUGGGAAUUCAUGCAUCAGGGAUUCUCUGGAGGUAUAACAUAUUCCCUGCCCUCCCCUACCUGGGGCCAACCCUUACUACUUCUUGGGGGCCUCUAUCAAAGACCUAAAGUUGGUACAGAAAGGGGUUUCUCUGUCCCAAAUGAACCCACUAAUUGGAUUCUGCCUGUUUCCCUGCCCAGACCUGGUGGAGUGUGGGCCAGAAGGAUAAAGGUUCUGACAUGUGUAUUUGUGACAAGCCCUUCCACACAGGUCAGACCUCACCCUCUACCCCUCCACAGUAUUCAAGAGCUGACCCAACUCUGAACCCCAAGGGGCCCCCUAGUGGGCUGUCCCACCUUUCUAGAGCAUUCAUAUCCUCCCUGCUAGCUCCCACUUCUGCAUUCACAACGGUGACAAAACCAGACAUUCUAAGUCAGAGAUGCUUUGGCACAAAAAUUUGGCCUUUUUCAGCUGAGCUCAGAUCUGCCCUACUAGAUUUCUCAGUUUAGAAUUGAUUUCUAUAUGUACUCAUAGAUCCUUCAAGCAGAGGAAGCUGAAUAAAUUUGGUGAAUGGGAAGCUGAGGAAUCCAAGCUAUAUAGCCAGAAAUUAGUGCUACUUGGAUUCCAAAUCAGACCUCCUCACAACUCUGGGUUCUUUCUGGGAGAGCAGACUGCAGCUUUAGGGACAAGAGUCCACUAGCCCUACUUGGUUCUCCUACUCAGGGCAUUUCCAGGCCUCAGCCAUCAGACCCAGGACCCUCCUCCCUAGUGAUGGGCCUCAAUGAGGCAAUGGCCCAGACUUCCUAGCCCGGCACCAUGGCACAACCCCAACAGCAGCCAACGCCUGGGACCCUGCUGGGUGGUCCCCCACCGGUUGGAGGGCUGAGCUCCCCUCUCUAGGUCUCUCCGCCAACGCAUUCCAGGCUCCCUAAGCCCCUCCCCCAGCUCCUGGGCCUCCCAGCCCCCUUCCCCGCUGGCCCGGCCUAUGUCUGAAUCUGCUUCUGAUUCCCGCGGAGCAGACAAGGACCCCUCCCCCCCGCCCCCCCCCCCCGCUGGAGCAGCCCCGCCCCUGGUUGGGCUUGGGCUCUAGAUUGCUGCGCCCCCCACCCCUUCCUGGCACAGCUCGCCCGCCCUUGCUGUAGCCAGGAGGAGGCUUCGGCCGGUGCGCCCCAGGCCUUGCCUGCUCUCGGCCCUUCCCCAGAGGCCAGCAGCCCUGCUUCUAGCCCACGGUGGUGAGUGCGCUCGUGGGCAGCGGGUGGGGCCUCCCGGGUGGAGGCACUGGGAGUGAGGGCAACGCCUGUCAAUGCUCCAGGCCUAGCAGGAGGACCCGCCAGCAUCUCCACAGAAGAGCUCCGCCAGGGGCAGCCCACAGCUGCUCCUGCCUCUGGGUUGCGGCUGCCUAGGGGCUCUGCUUGCACCACUCUACAGGCCAGCGGGCAGAAUCUAGGGCCAGCUCUCCCUCCCUGGGGCAGAGUUGUGGGGCCCUGGCCAGCUGACUGACCUCCAGUGCUCCAGUCAUGUUCAGCUGGCCCUGGGUGCUGCUGCUGGCCUUGGGCACAUUCUCCAUUGCGAUGAGCCCGGGGCCACUAGUACCUACUGACCCCUGCUAUGAGGAGGGGGGCGCACCCCGAGGCUGCAUACCGGGCCUGGUAAACGCAGCCCUGGGCCGUGAGGUACUGGUGUCCAACACGUGUGGGCGGCCAGCCACUUGGGCCUGUGACUCCUCAGACCUGAUGCGGGCACACCCUCCUGCUCUCCUGACAUUGGCUGGGGGCUCGACCAGCUCUGUGUGCUGGCGCUCUGAAGUGCUGCAUCGAGUGCCCCUCAAUGUGACUCUCACAGUGCCCCUGGGCAAAGCUUUUGAGUUGGUCUUCGUGAGCCUGCGCUUCUGCUCAGCUCCUCCAGCCUCAGUGGCCCUGCUCAAGUCCCAGGACCAUGGCCACAGCUGGACUCCGCUGGGCUUCUUCUCCUCCCACUGUAGCCUGGACUAUGGGCGUCCACCUGCUUCAUCGGAUGGGCCUGCUGGCCCAGGGCCUGAAGCCCUGUGCUUCCCUGCACCCCAGGCCCACAGUGAUGGUGGUGGCCUUAUGGCUUUCAGUGUGCAGGAUGGUAGCCCACCAGGCCUGGAUCUGGACAGCAGCCCGGUGCUCCAAGACUGGUUGACCGCCACAGAUAUCCGCAUAUUGCUCACAAGGCCUUCUAUGCCAGGGGAUACCAAGGACUUGGAUGCCAUAGUCCCUUACUCCUACUCAGCCACUGAAUUGCAGGUGGGCGGACGCUGCAAGUGCAAUGGGCAUGCUUCACGGUGCCUGCUGGAUACUCAGGGCCACCUGAUCUGCGACUGCCGACAUGGCACAGAGGGCCCUGACUGUGGCCGCUGCAAGCCCUUCUACUGCGACAGGCCAUGGCAGCGGGCUACAGCCAGAGAAGCCCACGCCUGCCUUGCUUGUUCCUGCAAUGGCCAUGCCCGCCGAUGCCGUUUCAACAUGGAGUUGUACCGUUUGUCUGGCCGCCGCAGUGGAGGUGUCUGCCUCAACUGCCGGCAUAAUACUGCUGGUCGUCACUGCCAUUAUUGUCGGGAGGGCUUCUAUCGUGACCCAGACCGUGCUCUUAAUGACCGUCGUGCUUGCAGAGCUUGUGACUGUCACCCUGUUGGUGCUGCUGGCAAAACCUGCAACCAGACCACAGGCCAGUGCCCCUGUAAGGAUGGUGUCACUGGCCUCACCUGUAACCGAUGUGCUCCUGGCUUCCAGCAGAGCCGCUCACCCGUGGCACCCUGUGUUAAGACCCCAGUCCCUGGACCCACUGAGGAGAACAGCCCUGUGGAGCCAGAGGAUUGUGAGUCCUACUGCAGACCCACCCAAGGCAGCUACCGCAUCAGCCUGAAGAAAUUCUGCCGUAAGGACUAUGCUGUACAGGUGGCGGUGAGCGCGCACGGUGAGGCACACGGCACAUGGACACGCUUCCCUGUGGCAGUGCUUGCAGUGUUUCGGAGUGGCGAGGAACGCGCUCGGCGCGGAAGCAACGCGCUCUGGGUGCCGGCUGCCGACGCGGCCUGCGGCUGCCCGCGCUUACUUCCUGGCCGCCGCUACCUUCUGUUGGGGAGCGGGCCGGGGGCUGUCGCCGGAGGCCGGGGACCUGGGCUCAGCGCUGCUCGUGGGAGUCUCGUAUUGCCUUGGAGGGACGCGUGGACACGUCGUCUGCGAAGGCUGCAGCGGCGCGAGCGACGGGGGCGUUGCGGAGCGGCCUGA